GUGACCCAAGCAGAGCAGGAGGCCAUGAACGGAAAUCUGGAAGAAUCUUUGGAGCUUCACAGCAAGGCACAUGAAACCCAGGCCAGUGAAAGCCACAAGGGAUAUAUCGAAAACGUUGAAGAGAAGCUGGUGACACUGGCCUUGGAUGAAGAGAUGGGCCAAGAGGCAGAUCAGGAGACUGAUGAAUAUGUGGACGUAUGUCGGAGCGGGUUAAUGAUCUACAGGCAGAUGCACGACGAACUGUUUGAGCACCAGAAGGAAGGUGUUUCCUUCCUGUACAGCCUCUACCGUGACGGAAGAACGGGUGGAAUUCUGGCAGAUGACAUGGGCUUAGGAAAGACCGUCCAGAUGAUUGCCUUUCUCUCCGGGAUGUUCGAUAGCGAACUUGUCCGGUCGGUGUUGGUGAUCAUGCCGGUUACCCUCGUCAACAACUGGAUGCAAGAGUUUGUCAAGUGGGCCCCAGGGAUUCGGGUGAAGAUUUUCCAUGGGACCAGCAAGAAGGAGCGUAGCCAAAAUCUAGAACAAGUCCAAAGCCAAAAGGGCGUCUUGCUAACGUCCUACCAGAUGAUCCUAGCCAACUGGGAACAGCUCUCCAAUUUUGACCAGCGUUCGUUCGUCUGGGACUACGUCAUCUUGGACGAAGCGCAUAAAAUUAAAUCUCCAUCAGCAAAAACCACCAAAGCAGUGCAUGCCAUCCCUGCCAAAAACCGCAUCCUUCUCACGGGGACGCCGGUGCAGAACAACCUACAGGAGCUUUGGGCGCUCUUUGAUUUCGCAUGUCAGGGCGCUUUGCUCGGCACAGCCAAAACCUUCCGGGUGGAAUAUGAAAAUCCCAUUACAAAGGCGAGAGAAAAGGAUGCGACUCCAGGAGAGAAAGCUCUUGGGCUUAAGAUCUCAGAGAACCUGAUGGCCAUCAUCCAGCCGUAUUUCUUGCGGCGAAGUAAAGGUGAACUACAGAAGCUGAAGUCUGAACAAGGAAGCCGUUCACCCGGAGAGGAGAAUCACGUCACUCUAGAAAUGCCUGAUCUCCCAAGGAAAAACGACUUCAUUGUGUGGGUUUACCUCACACCCAUGCAAGAAGAGAUAUACAAGAACUUUCUCUCCUUAGAUCACAUCAAGGAGUUGUUAAUGACGACACGUUCCCCGUUGGCCGAGCUGACAGUCUUGAAGAAACUUUGUGAUCACCCCAGGCUGUUGUCUGCUCAAGCCUGUCUGCAACUUGGCUUGGAGGUUUCCGACUAUUCUGAGCAAGAGGAUGGCGAAGAGGGGAUGUCUUCAGACAUGACCCAGGCCAUCAAACACAUCUCCGAAAACGUUCUGAUCAAGGAGUCUGGGAAAUUGAGGUUCCUCGUAGCGCUGCUGGAAAAACUGCAAGAAGAAGGACACCAAACGCUCGUGUUCUCCCUGUCAAGGAAAAUGCUGGAUAUCAUAGAGCGCAUCUUGACUCGGCGGCAUUUCAAGCUGAUGCGCAUUGACGGAACAGUGACUUGUUUAGCUGAACGACAGAAGAGGGUUCAGGCGUUUCAAAAUGACAAAAGCUACUCAGUCUUCCUCCUGACGACUCAGGUAGGGGGUGUCGGGCUCACGUUAACGGCAGCCACCCGAGUGGUGAUCUUUGACCCCAGUUGGAAUCCCGCAACUGAUGCACAAGCUGUUGACCGAGCUUACAGGAUCGGACAAAAAGAGAAUGUUGUGAUCUACAGGCUCAUCACAUGCGGGACGGUGGAAGAGCGAAUCUACAGGCGUCAAGUCUUCAAGGACUCGCUGACGCGGCAAAGCACUGGAGAUAAGAAAAACCCAUUUAGGUAUUUCUCCAAGCAGGAGUUACGGGAGCUGUUCACCUUGGAAGACGCCAGAAGCUCUGCAACUCAACUCCAGCUCCAGUCUUUGCAUGCCAACCAAAGGGUUUCCGACCCAAAGCUGGACAAGCACGUGGCCUAUCUCCACUUGCUGGAGAUGUUCGGCAUCUCUGACCAUGACCUCAUGUACACCUGUGAAACAGGUCAUGAAGAGCAAGCUGAAGAUGAGGAGGAACAUCGAUACAUCGAGCACAGAGUUCAAAAAGCCCAAGAGCUGGUACAGCUAGAAUCGGAGCUGAUAGACACGCAACGUCGAAAGUCCCGCUUCUCAUGA